UUUCAGUAUGCAUAAACAAUGACCGACACACUUGAUCUGAAGCUAUCUAGUCGUCGUCAAUGGAACCCGGUGAGAUGUCCAGUUCGUCUGGAAGUCGACGGAAGUGCUCAAACUCCCACAUCUCUAGUCCAAACAGCCCUCAAUAAUCCGUCAUUCGACCUGGUGAUUGCCGCGCCAAACGGUCAAAAUGUGUACAUACCGUUUACGGAAGAUAGAAAACUAUUCACCGCAAACAUCGCCGACGACCCAUCGACUUCAUCUUUGAUUUCGCACUGCCACUUUGAAGGUGUAACCGAGGAUGGACGGCAUGCAUUGUCGCUGUGCGAUCCAGGAGAAAUCACGGGACUUCUUAUGACGCAAACCAAUCGGUUCGGUCUUUCCACCUCCAACAACGGGUCUUUCGUUUUAAUACCAUAUGUGGAGAACAAUUGUGAUCUCGGCUCACUAGUCCAUUCCUCGUCUCGGAAAAAACGUCAGAUUGGAAAACAGAAUACUGUGAUAGAUCGUAAUCCAUCAUACAUCAGGGAACAUCUGGAUGGGAGGAAGCGAUUUGUCGAGUUGGCGCUGGUCGCCGACUAUUCUGUGUAUACCAAAUAUGACUCUGACGAGAAGAAAGUGAACGACUACAUGCAGCAAACCAUGAACAUUUUGAACUCGCUCUAUUUUCCUCUCAACAUCCGGAUCACGUUGGUUCACUCUGAAAUCUGGAAGAAGGGAGAUCAAAUUUCGGUGAUUCCAGAUUCAAAAGAGACGUUGAACAAUUUUAUGGAAUACAAGAAGAUUAUGCUCAAGGAUCACUUUUUUGACACUGGAUACUUGAUGACAACUCUAAAAUUUGAUGAAGGUGUCGUAGGAAAAGCAUACAAAGGAACAAUGUGCUCGUAUGAUUAUUCUGGAGGAAUUUAUGUGGACCACAACAAUGAUACGGUCGAAACAGUUGCGACUUUUGCUCACGAACUCGGCCAUACAUUUGGAAUGGAUCAUGACCCGAAUGACAAGGACGUGUGCUACUGUCCAAUGCCACGAUGCAUCAUGAAUCCCCAAUCUGGGCAUAUGGAAGUUUGGUCAGAAUGUAGUGUAAAGAACUUGGCCAGUGGUUUCAAUCGUGGUAUUGACUUGUGUCUGUUCAACGAGCCCGGCAAGAAGCCAAGCGAUGCAAAGUGCGGGAACGGAAUCGUCGAGCCAGGCGAGGAGUGUGACUGUGGACCAUUGAAGUGUGACAACCAUUGCUGUAAUGGCAGCACUUGUAAGCUUAUCGGAGAAGCUGAAUGUGCAUCUGGAGACUGUUGUGACUUGAAAACUUGCAAGCCAAAGCCAAGAGCAACUGUGUGCCGAGCAGCAAUCGGAAUUUGUGAUCUGGACGAGUAUUGUAACGGAGAAACAAACGAUUGUCCGGCAGACUUUUUUGUUCAAAAUGCUGCAUUGUGUCCAGGAAAGGAAAAUGAGUUCUGUUACGAAGGUGGCUGUGGUAGUCGAAACGAUCAAUGCGCAAAGUUAUGGGGUCCUACUGGGAAAAAUGGCGAUGAGAACUGCUAUCGUAAAAACACUGAAGGAACCUUUCAUGGAAACUGCGGAACAAAUGCUCACACCAAGGAGAUUAAGAAAUGUGAAACUGAAAACGCAAAAUGCGGUCUGUUGCAGUGUGAAACCCAGGCUGAACGCCCAGUAUUUGGAGAUCCGGGUUCCGUCACAUUUUCGCAUAGCACAGUGUACUCCUCGUUGAAGCGUGAUGACAAAAAGUUUUGCUACGUAUUCAAAUCUGCAUAUGGUGGCUUAAAUGCUCCGGAUCCGGGUCUUGUUCCAGAUGGAGCAAUUUGUGGUGAAGAACAGAUGUGCAUUGGUCAAAAGUGUCAUAAAAAGGAGAAGAUCAGCAAAGUGACAGCCCAAUGUUUGGACAACUGCAACUUCCGUGGAGUCUGCAACAAUGUUGGAAAUUGUCACUGUGAGCGGGGUUUUGGUGGAAUCGCUUGCGAAAUUCCGGGGUAUGGAGGAUCCGUCAACAGUAACGAAGCGUACAGAUUCCGAGGAAUUACACUGUCGUCGACAUUCUUGGUAUUUUUCUGCUUGUUUGGAAUUUUUAUCGGUGGUCUUUGUGUUUAUUACAGAGUUAAACGGAAGCGAAAUUUGGUCUCGGAAUGGUGGAGUGUUGUCAAGAAGAAGUUUGAUUUACACGGAGACCUCGUACCCGUUCGCAAAGCUCCUCCGCCACCCUAUGCUCAACGAAUUCGCCAAAGCUUCACUGCAAUGUGGGGUGAAGAUCAUUCUCAUGUGGCGGUCGCUCAACCGGCUCAUCCUCGAAAUUGCUACAACUCGUGCUGUCGUCAACCACCACGUUUUGAUCCACCGUCAAUUCCAAUGGUUACUUUGAAGAAUCCAAAUCUUGCUAGUCCAACGCCAUUGCUGAAUCCAGCAGAGAAAGAAGAGCAAAAUCAAGAAAGAGCAACGCAUCAGCAUGUGGAACUCUAUCCAGUUGCGGAAAGUUUCAGAAGUGAUUCGGCGGCUUCCUUCAACACGCGCACUGGAUCCUUCCGUCCCAAUGUACAACCACCGCCCGUUCCUCGACCGAGUGAUGACGUACUGAGUAAACUGAAUGAGGACCUGGCAAAGGAGAAAAAUGCGAAAUUUGAUCGACUAAACAAAACGUUGCCACUGCCACCACCACUACCCAAGGAAAAACCGAAAACUGCAAGUUCUACGAGCCUGAGAAGAAAUGAGAGUAUACGACCCGAGCAGGCACCACCACCACCUCCACCAGCACAUGCUAUUUCAGAAACCUACACUCCCUACGAAGCAACCCAAAGUCUCUGAAGAUGCAGCUGCAACCGAAGAAAAAGUAGAUGUUCGCUCCAUGGCUGCUAUAUUUGAUCAAAAGCUCAAAAAAUAACCGGAUUCUCUCAAUCUUAAAUUUCAAAUUUUCAAUUUAAAAUUUCUGAUGUUCAUAUUAAAACCUUUCCCUGAUCCUCAAAAACUCGUCAAAAACCUUGUGUUACACCUCAAACUCAAACAGUCUUUUCAACGAAUGUCCAAUUUUGGAAUCCCCUGUGAUAAAUUUAUUAUCUAUUUUAUACUAUGUUUUAUCUGCCCGUUGCUUUCAAACUUCUCCCCUAUUCCAAACAAAACCCUUUUUUGCCACUAUGAUUCCAGUAGGAUUUUCUAAUAUUUCACAUUAUUAUUAUUUUCCGUUUGAUUACGCGUACCUGUGAAUUUGUAUACGUUGAACUUGCCUGUUGAGACAAAUAAAUUUUGCCUGGAUACACUCAU